GACUCCCUGGAGGGAAGUGGAGAGGAGACCGAGCUCUGCCUGUGAGGAAUGUGGGCAUCCAACCUGGCAUUGGAGAGUGCUCCCAUGUCAUCCUUGCCUAGUGCGCCUGGAGAGUGCUUACAGCCGGUUCCAUCACUCUGGAGGAUGCUAGAGGAGAAACUAGAACCCAGAGAGAGGCUUGAGGUGAAGGCUAUCCUGGGUGAUGAUGUUGUGGAACGAAACCUGGAACUUCUUGCUGAGGUACAAACCAUGCUGGAAUUCUACCAGGAGCUGCAGUUGGGCCACCUAAGUCUAGAACAAAGCCCUAUACCAGCAAAUGACAUCAGGGCCUUGCUGGCUGCCCCUCCACAUCUUAAGGAGUUGGUGAGGGAGGAGAUUCGUCUUCUUCUGACUGGGCUGCAGCAAAAGGCUUUACAGGAAGGCAGGGACCAAGAUUGUGCCAUUGCUAAAUAUAAUCCACGUGUAGUUACCUUUGCUUUGGGGGUGAAUGCUGGCAGUGGCCAUCCUUCAUCUGGGAAGAGUGCUCCUCUCAGACCUAUAUCCUCUGGCAUCACUGAUGAUCUGGGAGCCUUCUCUGAUAAACUGAAUAUUGUCCAUAUUGAUGAAGUUGCCUCUCAACUUCGGACUCUGCUUGAGAGUGAGUGCUGUGCUUUGGAAAGAUAUAUCUCUUAUUUACAGGACCAGCUAGAGAAUGCACAUCAGCACACUGUGGAGCUCCAGGAGGCAGCACAUGAGCCCACCAUGGCUGAACUACAAGAAGAGAGGCGUGCCAUGGAACGGGAUUUGCAGCUGAGCCAAGUCAAGCCAUGCUCUAGCCCUUCCCUGACGUCAAAACAGCUCAGGACUCGUACCUACUCACCCCAACCCAGCCAUCCAAGAAGCACAGGCAAAGGAUUCAGUUUUGGGGAGAUCCUAGCUGUUUCUAACGUGCCUACUCCACCACAUCCCAGAGAGCGAACAUCUCCUUUAUGCCAUGAGACACCACCCUGGCAGGGCCCACCAAUAAAAGGACAGGUGAGCUGGAUGCACCAAGAACGCAAGGAAUUAAGCCAAGCAAAAAAAGACAGCCAGUCACUGUUGUCCAGGUCUGUGAUUCCAACACCUCCUAACAUUGAGGGCCGGAUCGCUUCAUCAUAUAGGACAGCUGUACCAGAGUUGGGCUCUGCCUUCCAGCCCAUGCCUCCUGUGGAACCAUGCCUGCUACCCCGCUUUUGCCCUCGUACCAGGCUGCUGCGAUGUAAAGGGCCCAGCUAG